UCGAAGAAGGAGGAACUGUGAAGAACACGUGGUGCAGAGGAAUAGUUUUUCAUCAAUUUUCAAUUAUUUUUAUUAUCGUAUAAGUGCGUUUCGACUUGAUCUAUCUACCAAGGAAGUAAUAGGAGCGUUUCGAAAUUGUGUUUGAGAGAAAAAGAAGGAGAAAAAGCAUUUUUCAACCCCUGCCGACACAAAGUCGCGUUUCUAUCAUGUCGAGUUCAUCGAAAAAAUUCUGUUCCCCGGAAGAUAUAGAAAAGAGAAAUGCAGAAACAACAAUUAAUGAAAAAAAAGAGAUGCAGAAAUAUAAGAAGAGAAUCUUGCAAUGCAUUCUAGCGGAGAAGAUAAUGUCAAUGGAACUUAAACAUUGGCCAUUCUUUCAUAUGCUAAAACCGGAAUUUAUCCGACAAAUCCACAUGGUUAUGGUAUAUGGUAACUAUGAUCAUAAAGCUAUAAUUGUGACGAAAGACAAGAAUGUGUACAGUCUAAGUUAUAGUAAAUAUGAGAGUUCGGAGAUUACUAAGAGAUAUUUUCCUCCCGACUUAAAAAAGAUAGAAGAAUUGUGUGGAAAAAACAUAAAGACUUUUGCUCGCGGCUUGUAUUUCAUCCUGGCACUUACAGAAGAGGGAAAGGUUUACUUCUGGGUUUUCGAUAAACACGAAAUCACUAAGAAAUGGCCUAUUAUGUCCACACCGAUUCGAGUAUCUGGCUUUAAUAAGAAACGUAUCGUGGACAUUGCAUGCGGCAAACAUCAUUUUCUCGUUUUGACCAGCGAUGGAGAGGUGUAUGCUUGGAGAAAUGGUAAUUAUAUGCUGGAUGGUAAUAAAAACACAGCUAUUUUUACUGGUAGGGUGAGGCAAGUAAAACAUGAAUUGGAUAAAAAGAAUGUUGUUCAUAUCGCGUGUGGUGAAAAAUUCAAUAUGGUUAUAACUGACGAAAACAAACUAUAUGGUUGGGGCAGUAACAAGUAUGGCCAGAUUUCAACCAUACAGUCGCAAAAACAAUACGUAUACCCAUGCGAAAUUACCACAUUCUCGGAUAAAAUAGAUAAGGUGGUCUGCGGAUACGCGCAUACGUUGGCGCUUACAAAUAAAGGAGAGAUCUAUGCCUGGGGCGGUAACAGUUGUGGACAAGUGGGCAGAAAUAACAAGAUAAAAUCCUCCGAUCCAAUCGUGGUGAACGUGCGACAAAUGGGAAAGGUUUUAAAUGUUGACGCUUAUGGUAACAUGAGCGUUGCCGUUGGCUAUGAUAGGACUAUCUAUGUAUGGGGUAAUUACUUUGAUCAAAAGAUUACUCAACCUUUUCCCACGAAAUUUUUAAGAAUUUGCGAUGUGUUUACGCACACUAUGUCGAUUCGCAUGCACAAGCCGUUGAUUGUGCAUGAUUCUGUACACACUGAGGGAAUUACGAAUAAUUAUAAUUACAAGUAUACUGAAGAAAUAUUAAAUAUAUUAGAAUCCUUAGGAGCAGCAUUUGAUGAUCCGUUGACGAGCGAUCUUACCAUACAAGUCGAAAGACAACCUAUUUACGUUCACCAGGUUAUUCUCAUUAUUCGUUGCCAGUAUUUUAGAAACAUGUUUUACCAUGAUUGCACUGAAGAUGUUCAAAGUACAUCGGAUUCAUCACCAGUAUACAUCGUAUCGGAUAAAUUUUCUUACAUCGUUUAUAAAGCCUUCUUGAAAUACUUGUAUACAGGCACAAUCGAUUUACUUUCGGAAAACUCAUUAGAGCUUAUGGAAUUGGCCGAGUUGUAUUGUGAAACGAAUCUUAAAAAAGAUUGCAGUCGGAUAAUAAAGCAAACCAUCACUGUGUCAAAUGUAGCAUUCUUGUACAAUAAAGCGAUUGAGUACAAUGCUAAGGAACUCGAGAAGUACUGCUUCCAGUUUGCUUUGCGUCACAUGACAGCUAACAUAUUAUCGGAAGAUUAUCUUAAAUUAGAUAUGAGUACCGAGAUUGUACACAGAGAAUUAAUACAAAAUGACGUUACAAUCACAUCGUCAACAUUACUUUCUCCGAAUAAAAAUGUAAAGAAGAGAAAUUCACAAACAACAAUUAAAAAAAAUAAGAUGCAAAAAUUUGAGAAGAGAAUCUUGCAAUGCGUUCUAGUGGAAAAGAUAAUUCCAAUAGAUCUUAAAUAUUGGCUGUUCUUUCAUAUGCUAAAUGUGGGAUUUAUAGCACAAAUUCACAUGGUUAUGGUUUAUGACAAUUCUGGUAAUGCGGUUAUAAUUGUGAUGAAGGACAAGAAUGUCUACAACUUACAUUAUAAAAAAAAGCACUUAAAGACUGGAGACACGCCUACUGCACUAAAAAAAAUAAAAGAAUUGUGUGGAAAAAACAUAAAGAUCUUUGCAGACAGAUGUAAUUCUAUCCUGGCACUUACAGAAGAGGGAGAGGUUUAUUACUGCGAAAAGGUGAAAAACCCUAACUCUAAUGAAAUUUUGUACUUAUCCACGUUUAUUCGAGUCGCCGAAUUAAGCGACAAGCGUAUCGUGGACAUCGCAUGUAGAGAGUUAUAUAUUCUCGCUCUGACCAGCGAUGGAGAGGUGUAUACUUGGGGAAAUUAUUGGGAAAAAAAUGAUAGUCAGAUUGGUAACGAAAACACAGCUUUUAAUGUGCCAAGGCAGAUGAAACAUAAAUUGGAGAAGAAGAAAGUUGUCCAUAUCGCGUGUGGUUUAUUUUUCAACAUAGUUGUAACUGACGAAAAUACUAUAUACGGUUGGGGCUAUAACGGGAGAAAUCAGAUUUCAAACGUCCGGUCCCAAACAUAUUACAAACACCCACACGAAAUUAUCACAAUCUCGGAUGAAAUAGUUAAGGUGGCUUGCGGGGACAGUCAUACGUUAGCGCUCACAUGUAAAGGAGAAGUCUAUGCCUGGGGCGAUAACAGUCGUGGACAAGUAGGUGUAAAUAGCAAUAGGAAAUCCUCCGGUCCGACAGUGGUAAACGUCCCCGACAUGGGAAAGAUUUUGGAUAUCGCUGCUUAUCAUUUCUUCAGCGUUGCCGUCGGCACUGAUAGGAUUAUCUACGUGUGGGGUGAAUUUUAUUGCAAUUCUUAUUUUACUAACAAAAAGAGAUCUUGUAUUAAUAUCCCGUUUCCGACGAAGUUUUCGAACAUUCAUGACGUGUCUGUGCACAGCCUGCAGACAUCCAUGUUCAAACCAUUCAUUGUACUUACGAAUAAUUUCAAUAAUUUCAAUGUUAAAGAAAUAUUGAAUAUAUUGGAAUCGCUAAGAGCAGUAUUUAAUGACCCGUGCACGAGUGAUCUUACCAUACGAGUAGAAGAACGACCUAUUUAUGUUCACAAGGCUAUCCUUAUGAUUCGUUGUCAGUAUUUUAAAAACAUGUUUCAACAUGAUUGGAUUGAAAAUAUUCAAAGCAUAUCGGAUUCAGUGUACACCGUAUCAGAUAAAUUUUCUUACGUCGUUUAUAAAGCCUUCUUGAAAUAUUUGUAUACCGGCAUAAUCGAUUUACCUGCGGAGAACGCAUUAGAACUUAUGGAAUUGGCCGACAUGUACUGUGAAACCAAUCUUAUAAAAGAUUGCAGUCAGAUAAUAAAGCAAACCAUCACUGUGUCAAAUGUAGGAUUCUUCUACAAUAAAGCGAUCGAAUACAAUGCUAAGGAACUCGAGGAGUUCUGCUUCCAGUUUGCUUCGCGUCACAUGACAGAUGACACAUUAUCGGAAGAUUAUAAUAAAUUAAAUAUAAGUACUCAGGCUAAGUGUAAACACAGAACAGCGAUAGAAAAUAAUGCUAUCACGCCAUUCUAUUCCUCAAAUAAAAAUAUACAGAAGACGAAUUCAGAAACAUCAACUAAUAAAAAUGAGAUGCAAAUAUGUGAGAAGAGAAUCUUGCAAUGCAUUUUAGCGGAGAAGAUAAUGUCAAUAGAUCUUAAAAGAUGGCCGUUCUUUCAUCUGCUAAAGUCAGAAUUUAUCCCAGAAAUUCACAUGGUUAUGCUAUAUGGUGACUGUAAACAUAAAACUAUAAUUGUGACGAAGGACAAGAAUGUCUAUAUCUUAGAUUAUAAAGAAGAGUAUUUAAAGACUGGUUUCUUUUUAAGAGAAAUAAAAGAAUUAUGUGGAAAAAACAUAAAGACUUUUGCAUACAGAUAUAGUUUUAUCCUGGCACUUACAGAAGAGGGAGAGGUUUAUUCCUGGAAAAUCACGGAAAACCCGCAUUUGACUCGUAAGUUUUCUUACGUAUUCCCGUUUAGUCGAGUGGCCGACCUAAGUGACAAUCGUAUCGUGAACAUCGGAUGCGGACGUCAUUAUGGUCUCGCUCUGACUAGCGAUGGAAAGGUGUAUGAAUGGGAAAAAAAGAAUUGGGAAGAAAAGAAUUGGAACAAAAAUUAUUCGAAAGAAAGUGAUUCGGAAGUAAAUGAUUCGGAAGAAAGUGAUUUGGAAGAAAGUGAUUGGGAAGAAAAUGAUAGUCGGAUUGGUAUAGAAAAUACAGCUUAUUUUAGCGUGCCGUGGCAGGUGAAACAUAAAUUGGGGAAAGAGAAAGUUGUCCUCAUCGUGUGUGGUUUAACUUUCAACAUAGUUGUAACUGACGAAAAUACAAUAUAUGGUUGGGGCGAUAACAGGCGCGGCCAGAUUUCAAUCCAGCCCCAAAAAUAUUACAAAUACCCACGCAAAAUUAUCACAAUCUCGGAUAAAAUAGUUAAGGUGGUCUGCGGCGAUCGACAUACGUUGGCGCUCACAAGUAAAGGAGAAGUCUAUGCCUGGGGAGAUAACAAUUGUGGACAAAUAGGUGUAAAUAGUAAUGGGAAACCCUCCGGUCCGACAGUGAUAAACGUCCCCGAAAUGAGAAAGGUUUUGGAUAUCGCUGCUUGCCGUAACGUAAGCGUUGCCAUUGGCUAUGAUAGGAUUAUCUAUGUGUGGGGUCACCUUUUUCUAGAAUGCUGUACUUCUAUCCCGUUCCCCACGAAGUUUUCGAACAUUUAUGACGCGUUUGCGCACAGUAUGUGGAGAAUCAGACACAAUUCAUUGAUUGUGUUUACGAAUAAUUUCAAUGUUGAAGAAGUAUUGGGUACAUUGGAAUCUUUAAGAGCAAUAUUCGAUGACCCGUUGACGAGUGAUUUUACCAUACGAGUCGAAGAACGACCUAUUUAUGUUCACAAAGCUAUCCUUAAGAUUCGUUGUCAGUAUUUUAAAAAAAUGUUUCAAUAUAAUUGGAAGGAAAAUACUCAAAGCAUAACAGUGUACACCGUAUCGAAUAAAUUUUCUUACGUCGUUUAUAAAGCCUUCUUGAAAUAUUUAUAUACUGGCACAAUUGAUUUACCUUCGGAGAACGCAUUAGAACUUAUGGAAUUGGCCGACAUGUAUUGUGUAACUAAUCUUAUAAAAGAUUCUAGCAAAAUAAUAAAGGAAACCAUCACUGUGUCAAAUGUAGUCUUCUUCUACUAUAAGGCGAUCGAAUAUAAUGUUAAGGAGCUCGAGGAAUUCUGCUUUUACUUUGCUGUGCAUCAUAUGAAAGCUGUAGUCCUAUCGGAGGAGUAUAUUAAAUUAGACACGAGUACAAAGGAUAAUUUUAUGCGUAGAGCAGCUAAAGGAAAUAUUUUCAGAAUAUGAUUCUUUUGACAUCAGUUUCGAGCUAAAUCGCAGAUCACAGAUCGUAUUUUUAUUCAUACAUGAAGCUAUACAUAUCGAAUAAUGUGAACCU